GUGACACUGACUUGCGCGCGCGACAAGACUGCUAAGUAGUCACCGCACGACGACGAUACGAGUUAUAAAAUGUAAAAAAACGCGUUUCGUGUACUUCGGAGCACAUUGAGGUAGUACGGCCCUGACUAUUUAGGCAAAACAUAACCUUCUGUUGCCCAUAAUAUUGCAAUAAUUCGUGCGGUAGUUCCCGACGCGCCUCAGUUCUGUGAUAAGAUUCAAUUAAUAAGUGUUUCGGUGACCUGUUCCAAAAUUCGGGCUAAACUAAAUCCGGGAUGACUUGGGUGCGACUUAUUUUUUCGUUUACGUAUACCCUGGUCGGGUUAUCGGGGUGUUUCGCGUUUUUUUAUUUCAAAAAUUAUCCAGCUGCAGUUCUAGCUGUUGCAACAGGUGUAAUUAACGCCAUCUUGAGCCACCUGCACUUCCUCAACCACCGGAACCAACUCCAGGAAUGGUACAACCCGUCACACUUGCGCCAAAUCAGCUGGUUCGGGUUCUACAGCUUCGCAGUUAGCACUUCCAUUCUAGUCUACUUCGCGGUACUAGAAAUAAUGGACAAAAAACCACUUCUACCCAUCCAAGAUAGCGCAGUCAUUGCCAUGGUUUGGUGCCUCAUCACCCUAAAAAGCGGCCUAAUCUUGCAAUACUAUGCGAGAUCUUAUAGUAAGCAUAAUCAUACUUUACUCAGAGAAGAGCCCGCUCAAGAAGAAACCUCCGCCGAGACCCAGGAAAUCACUCCCUAAUCCCAGCCAUACCGACUCGAAAAUUUCGUUUGUAUUUUUGUAUCUAGGUUAAAACUUGUAUGACUGAUUUAUUUUUAAUAAACAAAUUCCAGAAGA